AUGGACACCGCCGGUGGCGCCUGUGCCUGUGCUGGCUUCUGCAAGUGCAAAGAGUGUAGAUGUGCAUCCUGCAAGAAGACCUACUGCCCCGAAAUCGAGAGACUUACUGAACAACUAGAAGAAAAGGAGAGAGAGACACAGCAGCUGAUGAGCCAGCCGCAGCAUGAGCGAGAGAAGGAAGUCGUCCUGCUACGGAAGAGCAUGGCAGAGGAGGAACGGGCCCGGGCCGCCUGUGACGUUCUAUGCCGCUCCUUGGCCAAGGAGACCCACCAGCUGCGGAGGACGCUGGCCGCCACUGCCCAUAUGUGCCAGCAUCUGGCCAAGCGCCUGGAUGAACAGCAGCAUGCCCAAGAUACGGGGGACAAAGGUCCCGACAGGCCAAAACAAACAGACGGGGACACCUCUGUCCAGAAUGUUAUUGAAAAGUUACAGGAAGAAAACCGACUGUUAAAGCAGAAAGUGACUCAUGUGGAAGACCUCAAUGCCAAGUGGCAGCGCUACGACGCCAGCAGGGACGAAUACGUGAGGGGGCUCCACGCACAGCUCAGGGAGCUGCAGACCUCCCAUGAGCCCGAGCUGAUGAGGAAGGAGAUCUCCCGGCUCAACCGACAGUUGGAGGAGAAGAUAAACGACUGUGCGGCGGUGAAGCAGGAGACGGCGGCCUUGCGGAUGGCCCGCGAUGCCGUGCUGGAGCGGGUGCAGAUGCUGGAGCAGCAGAUUCUCGCUUACAAGGAUGACUUCCUGUCAGAAAGGGCAGAUCGGGAGCGGGCUCAGAGUAGGGUUCAAGAACUGGAGGAAAAAGUCACCUCUUUGCUGCACCAGGUGUCCUGGAGAGAGGACUCCAGAGAGCCAGGUCCCUGCCGAGUUCAUCCUGGAAGCAAAACUGCCAAGUACUUGGAAACAGAUGCACUGGCGCUCCUGGUGCCCAGUGACUGGAGGCCUGGGCCUGGGUCUCAGCCGUUGGACCUUCCUGCGGAGGGCAGGCACCCCAUCGCGGCCCAGACAGGACAGGGGGACCUGCAGUGCCCGCACUGCCUGCAGUGCUUUGGCGAUGAGCAAGGUGAAGAGCUCCUCGGGCACGUGGCCGAGUGCUGCCAGUGAGCUGGAUCAACUCGGCCUGGUGGCCACUGCCCGGGACAGCCCCCUCAGGACGGGGCGGGUGUUUGAGAUGCAGUGGUUGAGCUCCGCUGAGCUCCAAGACCCGCACAGUGGAUCGGUCACUCUGAUCAUGCACCUUGGUGCCCCUUUGACUGUGGACCAGUCUGGGUCAGAGGGAACCGCCAGCGAGGCCGGAGGCAUCUGGUGGAGGGAGGUGCCGUGUCAUCUCUGCGUCGGGCCAAAGCCAGAGCAAGCUGGUGCUGGUGUGCCAGCCUCACCCAGCCUGCGCCUGGAGAUGCGGCAGCUGGCUAGAAAGGGGCGGCUGCCUGUGGGAGCCACUUCCGUGAUGCCCAGGGUGGAAGACCCAACCUGUUUUAUAGAGUAAGGUGUCCCCUCCCUGCCUCGGACCAGGAGGCUUGCACAGUGGAGUACUGCAGCUGUACGUCACACUAGGGGACCCACCCCUGGUCGCUGCAGAGCCACGUCUGCACUGGAAAACGUCAUAUUGUAAUAGCAUUUGUCAUGUAUCCAGAAGUUAAAGCACACGUGUUUUUAUAAUAAAUGUACUUACUACUGUGA